AAUCAGCUCGCGCAAUAUCCCCCAAUUCUUUUGUUUUGCUUAACACGUCUUCAAUGUUUUGCUGAAACACUUCUUCAACUCAACGGUCACACCCUUUUCCGGUUUCGUCUCUCUUUGUCGUUAGGGAUUAGGGUUUAUUCAACAGAGUUUUAUUCUUCUUCCUUAUGUUUCAAUCACCAAUGCCAGAAAAGAAGAACAAAAAGGUCUCUUUCACGGAGGAAGAUGCUGCUACACUCAUUCAGAGGUAUGACGCAACGACGGUGCUAGCGUUGCUUCAAGAAGUGGCGGCACAUUGCCCUAACUCCAAAAUUGAUUGGAAUGAGUUGGUGAAGAAAACCUCGACGGGUAUAUCUAAUGCUAGGGAGUACCAAAUGCUGUGGCGUCACUUAGCUUAUCGUGAAGCCUUGCCUGAAAAUUUCGACGACGGGGUUGAACCUCUGGAUGAUGAUAGUGACCUAGAGUGUGAGCUAGAAGCAUUACCCCUAGUAAGUGUGGAAUCUUCAGCGGAGGCUACAGCAUGUGUGAAGGUAAUGAUUGCUUCUUGUACUCUAAGUGAAUCUACCCCAAGUAGCUCAACAAUAGAGGCUCCGUUGACUAUAAAUGUUCCAGUUUGCCAUUCAUCUAGAACUCCCAUUGAAAGUUCUCAGCCCUCUAAUUUGAUGCAAGGGUCAAGCAUUAUUUUUCCAGUUACUGUUCAGAGACAGACACUGCCAACUGUAUCAUCAUCAGAUGGUAUAGAAUCUAAGGGAUUAGUUGGUGGUAACAUGGCUUCCAAAAGAAAAAGAAAAGCAUGGUCAGAGGAAGAGGACAUGCAGCUACGAGCUGCAGUUCAGAGAUGCGGUGAAGGGAAUUGGGCAACAAUGGCAAAACUAGACAACUUUCCUAUCAAGAGAAGUCCUACACAGUUGGCUCAGAGGUGGAGCAUUUUACGAAAGAAAGAUGGCUGCACCAAUCCAGGAACCAUCUCAACCAGCACACAGUAUACUACUGCUGAACAGCUAGCAACUCGACACUCUUUAUCUUUAGCCCUUGAUAUGCCAUUCAAAAAGUUAACUGCUCCUGGAGUGACUGAUCCUGCUAAGACAUCCACAUUAGUUAAAAAUCAAGUGCAGAUUAGAAAUACUACAGAGACAGUUGCCACUAGUUCUGUACCACCUCAAGCUUUGUUGAGAUCUUCUGAAUCCUCUGCAAAAUCCAAAUUAGUUGAAAAACCAGUCUUGAAGUGCAAUCCAAUUUCAGAACCUGCGGUGAAAUCUAUUACAGCUGGGACACAAAUUGAGUCCCGUCCAAACACUAUGUCACAAUUGACGGUUGCUCAAGUAAGAAACACUGAAGAUACUAAGCCUGCAGCUAGCUCUUCGACAAAGUCAUCCAUUUCUGUCAUUUUGCCUUCUGACCCGAAGGACAAACCUGUUACCUCUGUGGCUGAUGAAAUUCCAUUGAAGCAAGAUGUUAAUCCCGCCGAAGAAUUCCGAGUUUCUGAUCCUAGCUCCACACCAAAAGAGAAGGUACAACAAAAUGGGGCUCCUAAAUGUAUUACUGAAAGCCAGGUUGAUAGCACCUUGGAGGAGGAAAGAUUGAAUUUAGGUCAAGAGAAGAGUGUGCCUCUUGUUAAAAUUACAAGCAAUGAUGAAGCUUUAAAAGAUAAAGGAAUUCCAGGAGCGUGUGAAGAGCAAGGAAAUGUUAAGAAUUCAAAGGCGACUGAGAAUAGCAACCAACACAAGGAGAGUCAAGAUUUAAAUGAAGAUAAGAGGAUGAAUUCACUUAACGAAAGCUCGAAUGAUCAAAACACGAAUGGUAAACAUGUAAAUUUGCCAGCACAAGAUGUUUGCAGCAAAAGUCUGGAUAUGCCGAGGUAGUAAAAACUAAUGGGGAUUAUUGAGUGAUUAGUUUGUGCAAAUGACCAAUUUUUUUAUUUUUAUUUUUUAUUUUAACUUAAAAGUUUUGAUGGAAUUUCAAGUUAUUUUAGGAAUUUGUAGCAAAUUAAUAUAUUGUAAUAUUUUUUAAAAUUAUUGUUUAAGUGGUAAAUAUAUUUUGAUGCCUGGCAAGCUUUUA